ACACUUCUUGUGGCUGCUAUUUUUUCAAAUUGAAAGCCACUUUUGAGCUUUCACAAGUUUCUUUAAGUUCUGUACCCCAAAGGGGCACUGUUUCAUCAUUAUUUUUUUCUUCAAAUUCAACCCAUUCCACUGGUUGUGGAUUGUCCACUCUGAAACUUCACGAAGCAUUAUCCCAAAUAGUUUGGAUUGUUCCCCUGAUUGUCUUCCCUUAUGGAUCCUUUUGCCACUUUUGGUGCUAAUCUGAGUCAAUAAGAGCAUCUUUAUGUUCCAAAAGCCAUGAAGAUCUGUAGAUUGAGAAUCAAAAUGAAUUCCCAUAUAAAUUUUGUUAAGUUCAAGUUGUCAUGGAACAUAGUGUUUACUUUGUUUUCUGUUCUAUGUUUAAGGUUUACUGAUCAAAAUGGAGUGCUUCAGACAACAGGCUCAGAGACAAAAAUAUGAUUGCCUUCUUUUUGAUUUAGAUGAUACUUUGUAUCCCCUCAGAUCUGGUCUUGCAAAAGCAUGUCUCCAAAAUAUUAAAGACUACAUGGUCGAGAUGCUUGGCAUAGAACCAAGCAAAAUUGAUGAUUUGUCCAACCUCCUUUAUAAGAACUAUGGAACAACUAUGGCUGGUCUAAGGGCAAUUGGAUAUGACUUUGACUAUGAUGAAUAUCACAGUUUUGUUCAUGGGAGAUUGCCUUAUGAGAAUUUAAAACCAGACCCAAUUCUGAGGAACCUGUUGCUGAGCCUGCCCUAUAGGAAACUUAUCUUCACAAACGCAGACAAAGUCCAUGCGGCUAAGGCACUUAAAAGGCUUGGAUUAGAAGACUGCUUUGAAGGAAUUAUAUGCUUUGAGACCCUUAAUCCAAUCCACAAGAUCACUGUGUCUGAUGAUGAAGAUGACAUUGAGUUUUUGGGUUCAAGGAGCACCAAGCCAACCGCCAAUAAUGGUGCAAGUAACUCUCAAAUAUUUGACAUCAUAGAGCAUUUUGCUAAGCCCAAUCCCAAUGCAGUGUUGCCAAAGACACCAAUUAUCUGCAAACCAUCAGAAAAUGCCAUUGAAUUGGCUCUCAAGAUAGCCAACCUUAACCCACACAGAACUUUAUUCUUUGAGGACAGUGUCCGCAACAUACAAGCUGGAAAACGUGUGGGACUUGACACUGUGCAGGUUGGUCCAUCUCAAAGAGUUAAAGGUGCAGAUUAUGCCUUGGAAAGCAUUCAUAACCUUAGAGAGGCACUACCUGAAUUAUGGGAUGCUGACAUAAAAUCAGAAGUUGCAUACCCUGGGAAGAUUGCUGUGGAGACAUCAGUGACAGCUUAAAGAUUAUGUGCAAGGAAACCCCUUUAAUCAUUGUUCAUAAUGAAUUGAAAAUCCAACCACAAUGACAAAAAUGAACAAAAAUGUGAAGCCCAUGGGGAUUCCCCAACUUCAGAUCUAGUAACUGUAGCUGAUUUAGAUGCUUUGUUAAGAUUAUAAUAAAUUAGUAUAUAAAAUAAAUUCUCCUUUUUGGCCU